UGCCCAAAUUUUAAUAUACUGGAAAUGGAAUACGAUACUGGAAAUACAAAACAUAGUCCACUUUAUAAAUAUCAGAAACUGAUACUAAUGAGACAAUUACAACAAGGCAAUAUAAACCAUCAAAAUACUUAUGGAAAUCCCGUAACAGACCAGAUCAACCAGGGUAUUGUUAAACAAUCACCAAUUACUCCGGGGCCAUAUUAUCCCAACCAACAAAACCAAUUUGAGCCGGAGCUCCCACAACCAGGUCAAAUAAAAAAUACGCAAUCUUUGCAAGUACCCAGCCCAGCACAAAAUCCUUUUAUGAACAAUGACAAUGAUAAUUUUUUUGGGGUAGUUAAUUCAGGCGCUCAAUGCACUGAGGUAACGAGCUUGAUACCGGACCCGAGGACAGGAUGCUGUGGCCAAGACAUGUCAGAAACUUCCAGGAUUACGGAUUUACAAAAUAUAUUCAAUAUAUUUGCACCUUCUAAUCUAAAUUGGACGAAUCAAGUAUUUCGAACACGACGAUCAGCCGAAAAAAAGGUGGAAGACAAUGCGUUAGAUGACAGAAUAGCUGGUGGAAAAGCAACGGAACUGGAUCAGUUCCCAUGGACAGUUUUCUUGAAAGUUACCUACAGUUUUGGUGACAAACGAGCGUCUUUCAAUUGCGGUGGCUCUUUGAUCAGUUCAAAAUAUGUUCUCACUGCAGGUCAUUGCGUUAAUGAAAAUGGCGGUGUAUUAGUUGACAUUGAAUUAACGUUUGCUGAGUAUGAUAGGAGUCAGUUUCCAAGAGACUGUAAACCUGGGUUAGGCGAGAUGAAUUGCAUUGACAAUAUUUUAAUGCAUGCUAAAAAUAUAAUAAUACAUCCUCAGUACGACGAUGAAUCGCUUCUAAAUGACAUUGCUCUUAUCGAACUAGAUGGACACGCACCCUACACUCAAUACAUUAGGCCAAUAUGCAUUCCAAACAUCAAUGUGGAUGAUCCUGAGUUUUCAGACUUGCCUCUUGCUGUAGCUGGCUGGGGUCACAAUGGUCGAUACCUAAUAAAUAUUAAGCAGUCAACAGUUUUGCAUUUGGUUCCUCAUGACGAAUGUGACCAGUCUUAUCCUAAUUUAUUAAACACCCAACUUUGUGCAGUUGGACGGACUGGUGAAGACACUUGCAAAGGUGACUCCGGGGGACCUUUGAUGUUGCUGUAUAAAAACAAUUAUUAUGUUGUGGGCGUUGUUAGUGGCAAGAGAGCAGAUAGUCCAUGUGGAACUUCUUUGCCGACUCUCUUUACAAACGUGUUCCAUUUCGUUCCGUGGAUAAAAAGUAUUAUCAGUUAAAGUAAUAUUUGAUUUAUUAUUUUUCAAGUUAAGUAAUGCGUAACAAUAUAUUUUCAGUGCUAUGUGCUGAUAUUAUAUGAAUAGGAAAUAAAUACCUUUUAACAAAACAUAUGAUCCUGU